AUGGAGCAUUACCACAUCUUGGAGCGUAUCGGAGAAGGGUCCUUCGGCAAGGUCUACCGAGGGCGACGUAAAUACUCUGGGCACAUUGUCGCGCUCAAAUUUGUGUCCAAGCAAGGCAAAUCUGUGCGAGAUCUUGACAAUCUUCGACAAGAAAUUCGCAUCCUUCAGCAGAUGAACCAUUGCAAUAUUAUUGCAAUAAUGGACUCAUUCGAAACCAAUCGGGAGUUCUGUAUGGUCACGGAAUAUGCCCAAGGAGAACUCUACCAGGUGUUAAAAGACGAACAAAGUCUGUCGGAAUGCGAGAUUCGCAAGAUUGCAAUUCAGCUCAUUCGAGCCCUGCACGUGCUGCACUUGAACAAUAUUAUUCAUCGAGAUAUGAAGCCGCAGAACAUCCUCAUUGGCUCCAAGCAGCAGAUUAAAUUGUGUGACUUCGGCUUUGCUCGUGCCAUCACGCACGAUACGAGUUUGAUGAAAUCGAUCAAAGGCACACCACUUUACAUGGCUCCGGAACUAUUACAGGAAAAGCCGUACAAUUAUACUGUGGACUUGUGGUCACUAGGUGUGAUUUUGUACGAACUCGCAGUGGGAAAGCCUCCGUUCUACACUGAGAGAAUUGUUCAACUCAUCCAGAUGAUUGUGCGUGACGAGGUUGACUACCCGUCCACGAUGUCAGCAGAACUUCGGAGUUUCUUGCAGGGGCUACUGAAUAAGGAUCCUACUAAGAGACUCAAGUGGUCAGAAAUCUUGGAGCACCCAUUUGUGCAGGAAACGCCGGAGCAGUUACAGAUGAGGCUUCAGAUUGAGAGACAUGCAAGAUCUCUGCCUCGCUUUUUUCGAGGAAAUGAGCUGCACAAAGCCAUGGUCGACGAAAAUGAGGUGCAGUCCAAGCCGAGCAUAGAGUGCCUGCAUGCAUUUGGGAAAUGGACGACAUGCGACACGAGUACCGGAGAGCAUCACUCCCGACUACCUCAUCCAUGUCAUACCGCAAAUGGUCAACCUCUAUCUGCCGACGUAAUCAGCAAAUGUGAUCCUCCGCUAUAUUAUGAUUCUGUCGGACGGAUGCACUCGGCUCUUCUCGAGAAUUUUGUGGGUGUAUGCGAUCAGAUCAAUAGAGAAGUAGACACAAAGUCCGUCGACCUUUCGUUGACCAACGCCCUUAGCCUCCUCCCGUCGAUCCCUAACCAUUCACUUUCCAGCGGCAUUUUGACGAGAAUUGGAUUGCUGCUCCAUUUUCAGUACUGCUCAUUGACGCUGAAAAAAAUGUAUGGCGUAUUCGAGUAUGAAGAUGUACUCAAAUCUAACGACAUUAUACGCCGUUUUCUGACUGGCUUAGUGAUCAAAAGUGAAGAAAUAAUUGCCGACAAAGAGCAAGUGAGUGAUGUAAUUUACAAGAGUAUGCGAUGCUGCAUGUUAUGCACCGCUGCCAUCAACAAUGCUGGUAUUGAAGUGGCGGGGCGCUUGAACUAUCACGAGUUCUGCGAAGGCGAUAUUGACGUCAUUGCGCUGGUGCUUACUAAACAGGACGAUAUCGUCGCCAAGUCGCAUGCAAAAACGGUCAAGUGGCUUGGAUCCAUGAUCGAUCAAUCCCGAGAUAUGACGACGCUUCUAACUGUUGUCUGCACGUCAAGAUUAAUCCAGAAUCUGUGCAACAUUUUGCAUGCGUCACUUGCACGUUUUCCUGGGUCGGAAAGUGCUACAAAGGAGAAGCGUUUGCUUCCGUAUGUGCUCCUCGCCCUAGCGACUCUUGUUCAGCCUUAUGCAAACUGUUGGGACCCUGUGAAGCUUUUUCCUAUGAUAAAUUUAGUGCACGAUGAUGGUGUCCCACUGGAAUCCAAUAAUUUGCAAGACGUCAAGCGCGCGCAUGAACUUCGCGUUGAAGUACAUGCAGAAGUUGGCUCUCAGCUUUGUGACUGUGGAGCAAGUGAAUUAGUUGAAUUACUCGAAAAUGAAAUUGGUGCUCGUGUGCGACCGAAGGUUGGCAAUGGUGACGAUCCAGACAAAAGUGAUGAAACUGAAGAUGCAGCUGCUACCCAAUCUAUUAUCUACUGCAUCCUUAAGAUCUUGGCGCACGCAUGUGAAGCAUCUUCUUCUCUGUCUAAAAAGCUGAUAGCUACAAAAGAUGUUUUCCAGAAACAUUGCGACACAGACGUCUUAUCAGUUGUGCUGAGGGGAACACAAUCGAAAUGUCUGCGCCCGAUAGAGCAACAUUUUGCAACGGAACUGUUGACAUUCAUUUUACGACAGGAGAUUUUAUCAAAUCGACAGACAUGGCGCUGCGCACAAACGUUGUUUCCACAGUUUCUAGGUGCACGUGAUGUUGUGUUGCUAAGUACGCUGUGCGCGUUUUUCGCCGAAGUGAUGAAUACCUGCAAUGUUGACAAGUCAAUAGCCAGCAUUGUUGGUGAUACCAAUGCAUCCAAACCUCAUGAAAAGGAAGUGUGGAAUCUCGUCGUUCAUGGAGCCAUUACGCAGCGCGUCGCUGACGCAGUAUUUCGUUUAUUCAACACAAACAUAGCGGAUUUUGUCAAAAGAUCAAGUGAGACUCACACACUUACGUGCCACAACUUUCGAGCGCAAGGAGUGAUGGAUUCAGGCGUUGUGUUACUUCUGCGGGUCGCAGUCAAGGCAUUGUCACAGGCAGAGGAGACGAAAAUGUUUUUGGCUGUAUUAGAGCACAGCCGUUUGUGGGAUGUUUUUGACCAAAUGAUGGCUAAUGGCGGCAACAAUUUAUUGUCAUUUUGGGGGUUGGUUUCUUUUCUAAAACUCUUGCGAAUUAUGUUGGAGCUGCAAUACGAUGUGGCUCAAGUAAGAAUUGCGGUCAACAGACAUGUGUUGCCACAUUUGAUAAACCUGCUCGAUCUCGAGCAUAUCAAGUGUCUUAUCUUUUGGCCAGAGGCGGCUGGAGGAGGAAGUAACGCCGUGAGAGCGCUUGUGCACGCUACUAUUAAAGUUCUUGGUGUCUCACUUGCACACAACAAGUCGGAGGAGCUGCUUAUUAGCACGCACGAGAUUUUGUACAAUGCAAAAUGUUUACCAAAACUUCUUGGCAUUCUUCAGUUUGUUUGCUCGACGGAGAGUGCGCAGUUCAAGAUGUCUGCACUAGAACUACCAACGAGUUUCCUGUUGCAUUUAGUCACAAGUUCCAAACGAUUUGCCUCACAAUUCGUGGAAAACAAUGGCAUACGUGUUAUCAAAGAAUGUGGCAUGCUGGGCAGUCGAUGCUCAUCAUCACUUAUUGUCGAUACACUGUCGAUCGUCAUCCAACUAGCCUGUACCUCCGAGGCCAACUGCAACUACAUUCGGACGGCAGAUCUAUUCUCGGAGCUUGGCCAGAUGCUUGAGCACCCAGAAUCAAUGGUUAGAACAAAAACCUUAGAUUGUAUUGGUAACUUGUGUCGCCACUCAACAACGUUUUACCAGCGCUUUGCCAUACCUUUUGCUGACUCUCCGGCCAGCAAAACAAUUCUAGACUUAAUCAUUCGUGGGCUCUCCGAACCCCACGGCCACGUUCGACGGUCCGCAUGCUUUGCCAUUGGUAACGCAGCAUUCCAUAGUGAUGAUCUCUAUCACUUACUUCGAUCUGCAAUUCCUGCAUUGGUCCAAAAUCUUCAUGAUGACGACGACAAAACGCGAGCGGAUGCGGGAAGGGCUCUAGGUAAUUUCGUUCGGAAUUCCAAUAAGCUUUGCGGAGACCUCUGCGCUUAUCAAGUGCCUUCAGAGCUGUUGAAAUUGGCUAUGGUAGAGACCAGUCUACCUUCACGUCAAAGUAUACUCUUUUCUUUAGGCAACUUGUGCUUCUAUCCGAAAUGCGUCGAAGUCUUCGCUAAAGCAGAACCAAACUUUACCAAAAACCUGGAGCAUUUUUACGAUGAAGUGAUUGGCGAUGAGGAGUCAAGACGUAACAUUCGCCGUAUUAUUUCAAUGAUUGAGACGCCGGACGCCGAAGGAGCUGAGGUGUAA